AUGGGCAGCUCUUUCUCGACACCGUCUCCGGUCAAAGCAUUGAUCGGGCAGUUCGAUCGGCUUCAAUUAUGCAGCAAAGAGAAGAAGCGUGUAGACGAUGAUACGUCUGAGUCCAGCAAAGCACCUGUCGUUAGUCAACCGACUUCCUCAUCUGUGACCGACACAAUAACUGUAAGUACAGCAACGCCAUUUUCGUUGGAUGUAUCGACAAUGUCCGAAAUUACGCAGGAACAGCUUAAGAAAGGAGAUUCUUACAACGACGUUCCUGAAGAAAAUUGUGUGGUCCCAGCUUCAUCGGUGAAGAAGUCUGGAGAUAUGCGGACAGGAGAAGAUUUCCUUGUGCUGCUUGAAUCUGUCCGAUCGAGACUUGAAGCAUCUACCAAACAAGUGUUGGCUGAACUUGAUGAGAAUUCGUUAUCGGGCGUUAUCAAGCACGAUAUGCGGACAGGAGAAGAUUUCCUUGUGCUGCUUGAAUCUGUCCGAUCGAGACUUGAAGCAUCUACCAAACAAGUGUUGGCUGAACUUGAUGAGAUGAAAUCCAUUCCUGAGGAGGCCGCAUCUUCGAUAAGACUGGCUGCUGGGAAAGCGCAGUUACUUGUUCGCAAAAAAUUGUCCAAAUUCGAUGAAUUGGUCAAGAAAAAUCUGAAUCCGGUAGAUGGAGAUCUUCAGCCGGCUACCAUAGACGAUUUGGAAGGAUACUGGGCAUUAGUAGAAAUCGAGCUUAAUGACAUUGACGAGUGUUUCCAGAAGUAUAAUAAUAACAACAUAGCGAAAAAGAAAAUCGUGACAACUCGGCCGGCUACGGUACCGAUCGAUCCCGAAGUUCGAGCCAAGCAGGUCGAAAAACAGAAGGCUGCUGCUGAGAUGCGCCGAAAGGCAUUGGCUGAAGCGAAGCAGAAAGCACGAGCUGCACAACAGGCAGAGGCGGCGACAGCGGAGAACGACGUCAGUGCUCCGCCGCGCUCGGAUGUACUAAUGGUUCUCCGUCACGAGCCCAACGAUAAUUCAAGUUCUAAUCGGGAAUACGCGAAGAAGUCGUCGAACAAAGAAAAGGUCAAGAAGGAGAGAGUCGUUCUGAAUGCGGCAUACGAAGAGUCAGUAUCCAUGGAGGUGGAAGAGAUGUCUGACGAAAUGGUGGCUUUCUUCAAGAAGACGAUCGAACAUAGAAAGACUCGCGAUGCUGAGCGAACCGAAAAGGAGCAGCGUUUAGCAAAGGAACGUGGUGAGGGCACAGCGCACUGGAUUCAUUUGGAUGAUGAUGAAUACGUCCUAGCCGAUAAAAUCGGCGUGUACGGCGUUGAAAAGCGCACUUUCGCUGUCCCGGACGAAGAAACGCGAACGAAGGAAAGACGCGAUAACGCCCGUAAAUUGUAUGGAUCGAAAGCGGAACAGAUUCUGGCUAUGGAAACGCUGAUGGAUAUGCGCUUUGAACAAGAAUAUGCUAGGAAACGGCCACCGUUGUGGCCCAAUAUUCCGUUAAAACUGUAA